ACUUGGAAACUUAUAUGUUUUACUUAUUAAAUGCAUGGCAGGAUAAUACUUAUAAAAUAAAAUAAAAUAUGGCAGGAUAAUAAGAAAGGGAAAGCAGUUUAUAUGUAUCUUUCCUCGUCUGUUGGGGUAUUUUCUGACUGUGGAACCUUUUCUAGUUUCAUUGGUUGAUCCUUUCUCUUUGAAAAUCAAAAAAUCCUUUUGCUUGCUUAUAUUGAAAGAGAGAAAAAUUGAUGAACUGCUUUUAUUUAUCUCUGAUGUUUUCAAAUUGAAAAAUAUGCAUCCAUCCCCUGCUUAGCUUUGAGGUAUGAGUCUCACUGGCUGUCUUGCUUCUUUUGAUAUAAUCUUGCAUCCAUCAAUUAUAUGUGGGUGUUUAGUAUUGAAUGAAAUAGGAGGAAUUUCUAUAUAUCAAGUAAUGGAACAACAUAUUGGGUUUGCGAUUUGGAAAGACACUGCAAAUUUGGUCAUCUGGGAUAAGUUACAGAUACAUCUGUGUUAGAGGGGAUUGAAGUAGAGAUACAGUGCAAGAAAGAUUAAACUUAUGGCUAUUGAAGACCCAAAACUUUUUGAAUGAAGUGACUUCUCCACUUGUAAAACCUGGUCAAAGUAGAAAGCCUGAUCCUGGAAAUGCUUUUGAUCCUCAAGAUAUGGGGGACAUAUUUGUGGCAGAACAGACCAUUCAUAGCACGACACCAAAUGGGAUUCUCUCUUUAGCUGCUAUUGUAUCAAUUGAGCAAUUUAGCAGAUUUCUCCUCUAAGGAGGUUUCAAGAAUUGCAAGAUUGAUUGCCUUGAACCUAAGCACGACACAUGGGUGACAUCUUGUAGAGCAAUUGAGUUGACUCAUGGCGUUUCUCGUGGAAAUGUUUGGGCAUGAGUGAUGGUUCUCGUUUGUAUUGACACAUGAUUUUAGUGUUGCAACCAAGUAAUUCAUCUUCCCAUACGAUAUUCUUUUGGGAUUGAGACCUGGGCCAGAAGGGAUGAAUGGAUUGACUGGGCAGAAAAUGCAGAAAAUAUUUAAAGCACUUGUUCCUGAAUCUCUACAUAAUGAUGCCCGUUAUUUGGUCGAGUAUUGCUGCUUUAGGUUCUUGUCACGGGAUAGUUCUGAUAUUCAUCCUUCUCUCAAGGAACCAGCAUUCCAGAGACUGAUAUUCAUAACAAUGCUUGCAUGGGAGAAUCCGUACCAUGAAGAGCUUACAAAUGCUUCGGAGAAAGCUUCUUUUCAGGGGAAGCUUGUUAGUAUAUCAGCUUUUGUUCGUAUAGCUCCUGCCAUUUCUGGUGUAGCUGAUCGUUCAACAGUGCACAAUUUAUUCAAGGCACUUUCUGGUGAUGAAGAGGGCAUCUCUUUGAAUGUGUGGCUAACUUAUAUUAGUGAACUUCUCAACUUCUACUGUUUUUGGCCUAGAGUGCAUGAAGGACGGAGAUCAUACCAGAUUCGAGAAUUCCCCCAGUUUGGCGAGGAGAGAAUCUUAUGCAUUGCUUCCAGCAGUAAGCGGCCUGUUCUCAAAUGGGAGAAUAACAUGGCAUGGCCUGGAAAACUUACUCUAACUGAUAGAGCAAUCUAUUUUGAGGCAAUUGGCUUAUUAGGUCAGAGAGAUGCCAUAAGACUGGAUCUUACUAGACAUGGACUACGUGUGGAGAAAGCAAAGGUUGGACCUUUGGGAUCUGUUCUUUUUGACUCUGCUGUCUCCAUCUACUCUAGCACUGAGUCAAAAUCAUGGGUCCUGGAAUUUGUUGACUUGGGAGGUGACAUGAGGCGAGAUGUAUGGCUUGCAUUUAUAAGUGAAGUUAUUGCUUUACACAAGUUCAUACAUGAGUAUGGACCAAAGGAUGGUGAUGAAUCAUUGUUUCAUGUAUAUGGUGCUCAUAGAGGGAAGGAAAGAGCUACUACCAGUGCCAUUAACAGUAUAGCCAGACUUCAAGCCCUUCAAUUUAUGAGGAAGUUAUUCGAUGAUCCCAGCAAACUUAUUCAGUUGUCAUAUUUAGAGUAUGCACCUUAUUGUCCUGUUGUUUGCCAAACUCUAGCUGUAAAAUAUUGGGGUGGACCUCUAGUUACAAAAUCUAUAGAGGCAGGCAAUCAACCGAUUCAAGGAGCAAGACCUUCUGAUGAGGUAUUUAGUAAUCAUGUAUUUGACAUAGAUGGAAGUGUUUACUUGCGGAAGUGGAUGAGAUCUUCAACAUGGGCUUCUAGUGCUUCAACUACUUUCUGGAAGAACUCUUCAAUAAGGCAAGGGGUGGUAUUAAGUAAAAAUCUAGUUGUGGCUGAUCUGACUCUUGUAGAAAGGGCAGCAGAAACAUGCAGACAAAAAUACCGCUUGGUAGAGAAAACUCAAGCCACAAUAGAUGCUGCAAUGCUUAAAGGAGUAACCAGUAACAUUGAUCUUUUCAAGGAACUUCUGCUUCCUCUAACAAUAACUGCGAAGAACUUUGAAAAACUUAGGCGCUGGGAGGAGCCGUAUUUGACUGUUUCUUUUCUUGCGUUUGCGUAUACAAUAAUUUUCAGAAGUUUGCUGUCAUAUAUAUUUCCCAUGGCUUUGAUUAUUAUGGCAGCUGGCAUGCUAACAUUGAAGGGACUCAAGGAGCAAGGUCGCCUUGGACGAUCUUUUGGGAAAGUUACUAUCCGUGAUCAGCCACCAUCAAAUACUAUUCAAAAGAUUAUGGCAGUAAAAGAUGCCAUGCGUGAUGUGGAAAACUAUCUGCAGAAUCUGAAUGUCACAUUACUGAAAAUACGUACUGUUCUUCUCUCAGGUCAGCCUCAGAUAACCACUGAGGUAGCACUGGUGCUGUUAUCUUCUGCAACCAUUCUACUCGUUGUCCCUUUUAAGUAUAUACUUGCGUUUCUUCUCUUUGAUCUGUUCACACGCGAGCUUGAGUUCAGAAGGGAAAUGGUUAAGAAGUUCAUAAAUUCUUUGAGGGAGAGAUGGGACACUGUGCCUGCAGCCCCUGUAGUUGUAUUACCAUUUGAAAGUGAAGAAUCCCGAUCAGAAACUGAAACAAAGGAAAUCGAGAACCAAGCAAAACUGGAAUCUGGAAUGAAGUCAGAACAGUGGUAAUUUAGGUAUGUUAUGACGUGUGUAUACAGGAUAGUUUUGUUACUAAAGAUAUAGUAUUAGCUUUAGAGAAAAGAACAUGUGAUCUCAUUGCAAUUUAUUUCCCCUUUUUCUUCCUUUUUUUUGGUUUGAGAGUCUUUUGUAUAGAAAUAUAACAUCAUCUUACUUCUGUUCUUUUUUACUGUACUAUUAGUUUUGUUUGAUCAGUGUAGGAUUCAUAUUACUCAUUUGGUCGUUAAACACAAAAACUCCAGGGUAGGAACACAAGGGGUGGAAAAGAGCAAAAUUUGUAUAAUUUAAUCAUCCAUCAGUUUACCAUGCUGCUUCAGUCAGAAUGCAAAAGAUUGCAAUUUAAAAAGUCAAA